UUAAUAAGCAAAUAUUUCUAGUAUAAAUGCUUACAAAUGUUUAAUGGGUGUAAAUCUCAACAUGGCAAAUACUAUCGUAGAUGCAAUGAAUAUGUGUCGGUUUUGCUUAUGCCAUGAAGAGCUGAUGCCAUUCGCGCAAGCAAAGAGUAGCGCAUUAACUUUUGAAGAUGCUUUGCACUUCACCGGAAUUGAACUCUCUGAGAACCAAGAAUUUGUUGUCUGUGAAGAGUGUUGUGUGUCAAUAAACAGUUCGGCCAAUUUUCGUCGAACAUGUUUACGAAAUGAUGCCAUAUUUAGAAGGCUCGUUUCCUUUGGCAAUAGGAUUGCGCAGAACAAUUUCACCGUAAAACGUGUAGUCGCGGGCCAAGUCAUGCGAACUGACCAACCUACCGAUUUAACUGCGGGUGAAAAUGAAAUAAUAACGCUGGAUGACUCGGAAUCGGAUGAUGCGUCGUCACAAGUCGGGAAACCUGAGUCGGCAGAGAUGAAUCCUUUUCCUCCUGAAGAACAUGAAGGGACGGAAAUUGAACAAACCAGUAGCUAUGACGAACCAGAUGCGGUAGCAUUAGAUGAUGAUGAUUCCGAUUACUCCAUCACUUCUGCUAAUGGCGAGCCUACAUCGAAACCGUUGGUCGAAAACAACAUACCCCAAACUAUCUCCGAAAGUACCUCCGUAUUCGACAAAGAGGGUACAAGCACGCAAAACGAUGACUUCCCAGCAGAUGAAAGUGACUCCGAUUACUCCUUACCUUCGCUGUACAGCGAAUGUGUCAAUAAAAUAGAAAGGACUGAAAGGCCAAAACCAAUAUGGUAUACAUGCCUUAUUUGUGGUUGCAAGACAAUGGAUGUAAAACGGCACAUGCAAUAUAGCCACACGCGCAGGUACCAAUGCCCUUACUGUGAUUUUCAGCCAGUAAAUUUAGCUAGCCACAUAAGGUAUAAGCACAAAACAAUCGCAAGAGAAAUCACAAAAAGAUCAAAAGAGAAACUGGCCUGUCCGCAUUGCUCAAAGAAGUUUCUUGAUGAGGAGUCUUUGAAAAGUCAUGUAGACAAAUGUCCCUACACACGGCUUAUCACUGAAACCUGUGAGGAAUGCGGGAAAGGAUUCGCCAAUAAAGCCGGAUACGUCAUUCAUAAGAAACACGUCCACGGACCGGACAGCGCCCACAAACCGAAGAGUGUCCAACAACCGAAGAGCGGAGAGUUUGAGUGUCAAGCGUGCUACAAGAAGCUAUCUUCUUUAAAUGCGUAUAAAGAACAUAUAAAGAAACAUUCUCCAACUGCUACAAAGUGCGAGGAUUGUGGCAAGCUAUUCAAAACUAUGUUCACGUUCGGGCUACAUAAACAUAGAGGUUUAUGCGAAAAACAAAAAAGUAAUUCCAAAUAAGUUCAGUGGGUUACCGAAAUCCGAGUUUUUCACUCAUCAGCUACCAAAAAACCAGGAUUGAAUAAUUUUGAAGAAAC